AUGUACCCAUUAUACAGGUACAUGGACUUGCACGGAGACAAAACCUCACAAUCACAACAUGCCUACCCAGGCUGGGAACCACUAUUCAACUACUUUGGCUAUCCGCCGGCCGAUUAUAAUGCAAAACCGUCACAUCCUCUUCCUCAACUACCACAGCAUUAUUUCCUCGGACCUCCUUACCCUCCCUAUGCUAACUUUUAUCCUCCCUACUUUGCCCCCCCCACGCCAUGCUAUUACUAUCCUGAUCAGACCAGAGGGCACUAUUAUGGAUGUCCUAAUCAUUCCUGCCAAGACAAAGAAGACAGUGCCUUGAAAACUGACGAAAAAACUAGGCCUGACCCUAAAGAUCUCGACUCCCCUGGCGUGCUUCGGUGGCCAGCCUAUCCCUAUCCACCGGGUUGGCACCCUCUGGGUCACAUGAAAGAUGGUGACCAUAAGACCUCCAACAGGGUCUCGGAUAAUGGCUCCCCAGCUAUGAUGCAGUGGCCAGCUUUUACUUACCCGCCGACUUGGUUUUCUCCGGGUCACACGAAGGAUGACGAUGAUAAGUCCGUGGGCACACUUGACGACGCCAUGACCAGAUGGAUUCCAUUUGACAUGAAUAGCUUAAAGUCUUUGGCAGACAGUACAGGGAAGAUUUCUCAGAGCCAGCAGAAUGGAACCAAUAGGUCUCAAUUCCCUCUUCCCAUCGUCUGGAUGCCGAACCAUGAUCGGCCAAAGGAAGUAGACAAGAAAGCAAGUGAUGCUGGUGAGGAUCGUCCCAGGAUAUUAAAAGAGCUUCCAUCGAAGUUCAAGGUCAUCCCGAUCAACUACCUUGAGCAUGAUAGCCACAAUGAAAAGCCUGGAGUGGAAGCCACGGGCCAAGGUGAGAAAGGGAGCAGACCUAAGAAUAUCCCAGUCAGGCAGAUAGAAGAGAGCAGACCAAAGCCUGUUGAUGACCAAAAGAAGCAGCCAGGCUGUGGUACGGAGAAGUCAAGUGUCUCUGGGAAGCAAGAAGAAGAGAAACACGAGAAAAAGGAUUCUUCUAUCGGGAAGGAGGCAUCUCUGGGUAAGUCCUCCAAGUUACCCCCUGUUUGUCUGAGGGUCGAUCCUUUGCCCAGGAAGAAAUCUGGAAAUAGCCUGCCGAGGUCCCAUAGCCCACCAGAAAACUCGAAGGAAGCCAGUAAAGGCGCCGCUGUGGAUAAAGAAGUUCGGAUCAUUGAACCAGUGGACAAAACAAACACUGAGAGAGAAUCCGAGAAAAAUGGGACCGGAAGCAAGAUUAGGUUGGUGGAGAUUGAGGGCGGAUCGGCAGGUAAAGUGGAACAACCGGGUAAGAUUGAGAACGAAUCAGCUUCUGAAUCUUCGGAGAUUUCCUCAAGAACGUUGGCGGACGUGGCGGCUGCAGUAGAAAAAACAGCCGACGGCGCUAAACCGAUCGAGGAUAAUAAAAGGGUGAGCUCGAAUCCAGUGAAUCUUGAGUCUACAGUCGAAGAGAGCACGGAUUCCAUGAAAGCAUGUGGAGAAAUCGAAUCGGAAGAAAACAAAGGAGGGAGGAGAUGUAAGCUCUCGGACGAUGAUGCCGCGCUCCUGAUACAAUCGGUCUAUCGCGGGUUCCAAGUAAGAAGAUGGGAACCUCUGAAGAAACUGAGACAUAUCGGUAGAAUCCGGGAUCAAAUGUCCACCAUCAGGACCCAAAUCCAAUCUCUCGAAGAAUCCUCUGGUCGGGACGAGAGGCAGAAGCUGUUCAUCGGCGAGACAAUAAUGAAUCUCUUGCUGCAGCUCGACACAAUUCAGGUAAACCAUUCAUCUUCCUCUCCCUGGGUCUUCUCCCUUCAAACUUCGCUAAAGCAACGACCUUCCGCUUCUUUCAGGGUUUGCAUCCGAGAGUCAGAGAGAUCAGAAAAUCCAUCGCGAACAGUCUGGUCUCGUUGCAAGAGGAGCUGGAUAAACUAUCCGUCGAAUCACAGAAGAACCCUAAGAACGAUCUCGAAGAAGCCAAAGACCAAUCUAAUGAAUCCACAGAGCCUGUUGGAUCAAUACGCCUCGGUGAACAUCGGGAUUCUCCGGUUGAAUUAGAAUCCUCCUCGGGAGACCAUGAAAAAUCCUUGGAGUUCGCACUGCCUUCCACUGAUGCUGAACCAACGGUGCUCCGAGAAGAGGCAGAGGUUCUCAGAGAAGAGGAUUCGCCGCCGCCGACGGCUGAUCCGGGCAGCAUUCUGGAUCCUCCCCCCCCGUCGGAAGCUGCAGAAGGUAUCACACAGGAGAAACAGGUGCUCGGAGAGCUUCCACGGCAGGAGAACUUGGAACCAGAGGUCUCUAAAGCGGAAGAUCCCGCCGGCCUCGGCCCCGAAGAGAAUUCAGAAGACGCCGGUGGAGAGAAAGAAGACGAGAACACCGUCACUGGCCGCGUCCAAGGAGAGAGAGACCGAGCUGGAGAGGCUGAGGAGCUGAGGGAGGUGCUGGAGAAGCUGCUCCAGGCGGGGAAGGAGCAGCUGGCGAUGAUGUCCUCGCUCAACGGGAGGGUGAAGGACCUGGAGAGGAAGGUAGCCGGGAGGAGGAAGCUCAGGCAGAGACAGCCCAGACCUAAAAAUUCUCUAAGAAACUUCUGA